AUGCAACUGAAUCCUGCACAACUUAGUCGAGUGCCUAUCGAUCCAACCCAACCAUAUUAUUAUGAUCCAUCUGCACCCUAUCGUGCUCUGCUUAAACCACAGCCUCCUUCUCCCCGUACCACGGUAGUUACCGAGGUGCCACCCAGUAAUCCGUAUCCAACUAAUCGUACUCCACCACAAGUCGUACCAACUGGAAUGAAUACACCACAAACAAAUAAAUCUCGUAUACCAGAAUACUACUAUGUAGAUAAUGCGGGACCAAAUAGUCACCCUUUAACUCAAUCAAACUAUGCAGAACCUUUCGAUACAUAUCGCGAUAACACUGAUCCUUAUUUACAGCCAGUACCUGCUGCUACAAAUACAAGUACCACAGGUUCAUUUUAUCCAUACGUACCACCGACAUCAGUCAAUAAUUCGACGUUCAAUCCUGCUCAACCGGUAUACACUCAACCAACAUCUAACACUAUGGUGGGGCCGUACACUACCACAUAUGUUCAACCACUAUCUAAUACUAUGGUGGGACCUUACACUACCGCAUAUGUUCAACCACUAUCUAAUACUAUGGCGGGACCUUACACUACCGCAUAUGUUCAACCACCAGUCAAUAGCUUACCCCCUUUAGAGCGUGUUCAAUUAGUGCCAACUCAACCAGUGACCGCCGUAUCAUAUCCUAAUUUAUAUACGGCCCCUCAAGUAGAUCGUAGUGCACCUGUACCGAAACUUCCAACAUCUGAUGUCCUCAACUCACACCAAAAAGAUAGUAACUUAAGUCGUGUGGAAGUAUUUCAUUUUACUCCAAAGAAAAAAACACCACCACCGGCAGCACCUGUUGGAGUCUAUGCUGUACAACCGGCAACUCAAUAUUAUACCUAUCCAUACAGCACAGUGGCAACAUCAACUUUACCGCAUGAUAACUCAUUUGUCUUACAACAACCACACCCGGAAUCACUGGAUUACACAAAUUACCCGUAUCAAUAUUACGAUUAUCAACCGUAUACUUAUCCUCAGUAUUCAUACGAUCAUUCGGGAUACAUUCAUCCUUAUCAUAACUAUCCCAAUUAUAGUUAUCCGCCGUACAACUAUCCGUAUCCAUCCGAAUCGACGCGCUUGCCUCCAUUGAAAAAGGAAGCACGUGGAUCUCAAACUGACAAACUCCAAACAGCAAAUCGUGCCAUUUCACCUAUGAAUUCCCAUUCCACUCCGUUCGACAAAACCAAAUUUCCAGCUGUUCAUCAAAGAGUUUUACUCGAAGAACGACUUCCUCUACUACCAAAUAACACACACAAUACACACCAUCCUCAUCUUCGGUCAGAUGCGCACUAUCUUAGGAGUGUUUAUUCGACGCCUUUGCCUGAUUGUCGUUGUAUACAUUGUCAACGAGAACGAGCGAAAGUUCUAAACUACACUGAGGCUGAUUAG